AUGCCAACGACACUUGAGUCCCUCCCAGUUGAGCUUAUUGCCACAAUCCUUGGCGACUUAGACCUUGAGUCGCUAGUCAAAGUGUCGAAUUUAUCUAGGAGACUAAGACAUGUUGCUUCAGACUCGUCUUUGAAUCCCUGGAAAAUCCCGAUUACCCGAAACCUGGCUAGCGGUAGCUACGAACAAAGUUUCUACCACCUCAGUCUUCGUUCGACCGUACCCAGAAGUAAUUGGAUCGAUAUCCUUACGCUCGCACCGCCAGGUUUCAUACUUUUUGAGUCAUCCCUUCCGAACUUGAGGGCUUCCGAGUGGGAAGAAUGCUUCCGCAGAAGAUUUAUUCCUGGAUGGCUGAAGUGGAAGAAGGAGAAUACUUGGAGGGAGUCUUAUCUCAAAAUGUUGUAUCGUGUCUGGCACAGAACUUACACAGCCUGCACUACGGAUGAAGCUUGGACUAAAUAUGUCGUGUUCAACCGCAACGGUUCAGUCAACGAACUAGAAUCGUCCUCGCGAGGCUUUAGUCCCAUGGCCAUCUUUGCCGAGAUGCAAUUUCAAAGCAACCUCUCACAUCUGUCGCCUACAAUAAGAGUGGUCGCCACAUUUGCUGACGUGCGGGUCAUCGCGAUUGGAGUUCUUCACAUGCCUCGAUCGUCGUUGACCGUCAACUACAAUGCGCGCGCUUUACUCCAUCCCCCCGGUAUCGAGGCUACUAGUACUGCCACGCGUCCAUACAACAAGCUUACACACCCCUUACCUGCGGAGUCCCACCGCAAUUAUCCGUUAUACACUCCCGGUGGAGGUGAUAGACGAUGGGGAUUUCUUGAGGAGGAAGGACAACAGUGGGUGGGCGGUUUAAUGAUAACUGUGCAACUGAUUAGACCAAGGGCUAUAGGGUAUGAGGAAGACGAGUCUGAGUUUGCGGGCAGCCGGAAUCAGUUUGCCUCGUUCACUUGGCAUGAUCUACUAACAAUAGCACCGUGGAUGAAAGAGAGGGUGACCAAAUUUAUUGAUGGCCCCGGUCUCGGAAUAUAA